AUGCUCCUUGUUGGAAGCGGCCCAGACGGUGGCCUCGAGGCGUGCCUUGAGGAAGGUGAGCCCGCGAUAGAGGAUGGCCGUGCUGAAGAUGAGGAGCCAGAUGCCAAAGAGGGAGGCGGGCGUGGUGGGAAGGAGGUGCGGGAAGAGGAGGGGGUGGUGGGGAAGGUUGUGGUGAAGGUGGUCAUGGACAUGGACAUGGACAUGGAGGUUGAUGUGGCCAUGGACAUUGUGGUUGAAGUUGAGGUGGCCAUGUUCAUGGCAGUGGUGGUGGCCGUGGCCAUGACCAUUGACAUUGACAUGUCCAUAUCCAUUUUGGUGAAGUGGGAUGAGGUGAGUGGGAUGAGGUGA